AUGAGCUCCGAUCGGAAUCCAAAGUACCGACAGGAGAUCCAACAGGUGAGUUCAUUCGGUAUCUUUUUCGCUCGCUUCCUGUACUAUCUCUCGGUCUUCUCGUCUAUUGGGCGUCUAAAUGGUGUGGGUUUUGGAGGUUCUACGCUUCUCUUGAGCGCAUUGCACUUCGACUGGGCUUCCGAAUCCGCGUCUUUGCGCCAGGAAGGAUAG